UUCCGAUUUUUUUUAAAGUGACAUUACGAUCAUAGUGGAAUCAGCUGAUCUAUGCCAUCGUUGACUCGCGUAUUUGGUAAUACGCGUAGAUUACUACUGGUGAUAAUGUCUGCGAUAAAUGUGAAGGCGCUCGCUCGUCAAAACGUCCGAAGAUUCUUGAAUUCAUUCGAUACCGUCUUGACAGAUUGUGACGGCGUACUAUGGCUGCAUAUGACACCUCUGCCGCAUUCGGCGGAUGUUGUAAACCUGUUUCGCAGACUCGGCAAGCAGGUUUUCUACGUAACAAACAACAGCACGAAGACCCGCGAUGACCUGGUAGAAAAGUGCAAGACACUUAAGUUUGAAGCGACCAAGAAUGACAUCCUAUGCACUGCUCAUCUGUCAGCAUGUUAUCUACAAAGUUUAAACUUUCGCAAGAAAGUCUACGUUAUUGGUUCCGAAGCAAUUGCGAAAGAAUUGAAGCAAGCUGAUAUCUCAUAUUGUGGAAUAGGGCCAGAUCCAAUUAAUCAGAAUAUCCCAUAUUCCGUUUUCGAGAAAGAUCCUGAAGUAGCUGCUGUUAUAGUCGGAUUUGAUGAACACUUCAGUUAUCCUAAAAUGGUAAAAGCAGCUACAUAUCUAAAUGAUACCAAUGUACAUUUCAUUGGCACUAAUACAGAUGAAAGAUUUCCAGUUUCAAAUGACGUCGUAAUACCUGGUACGGGAAGUCUAGUCAGAUGUAUAGAAAGUUGCUCAGAGAGGAAAGCAAUCAUUAUGGGCAAACCAGACAAGUACAUGGCUAAGAUGUUGAUAGAACGAUCUAAUGUCAAUCCUCAGCGUACUUUAAUGAUUGGAGACCGAUGUAACACCGAUAUACUCUUUGGAACUCACUGCGGUUUUACGACUCUGUUAGUCUUGACAGGAGUAACCGCAUUGUCAGACGUUGAAAGAUGGAAGCAAUCCGAGCGACAAGAAGAACGGGAUCUUGUACCAAAUUAUUACAUAGACACGCUUGGCGAUUUAUUGCCGUAUUUAAAAGAAUUGGAAAUUGAAAUAUCGUAAACUCACAAGAUUUAGCAAUGAAGAACAAAGAAAAGUAUGUGUGCCAUAACUCUUUACUAAGUAAUAAUGUAACUUUUUAGAAUAC